GUCACGUGACGCAGUCAGACAAACAUGGCGGCCUCCCGGAGACGGCAGGUUUGUUUACGCUCCGGGAUAUGGAGCCUCUUGUUUUACUGUGUUUACUCUCAUUUAAAGUUGGUUCUGGCGGAGGAGGUGGACAGCUGCGACAGCUUAAGACUCGGACAGUAUCUGUGUAAAGAUCCAAAGAUAGAUGAAUCCACUCAGGAGCCCGAGAACUGCAGGGACACGACGGCCUGGGUGGAGUGCCUCCCAGCUCCGAACAUCAGCUGUCGGCUCUCUAACGGGACAGAGUUCAGGUUCAGCGGUGAAGAGGUGGGCUUCAACAAAACUAUCCCCUGCAGGAAUGUGAGCGGAUACUCGUAUAAAGUCGCCGUGGCUCUGUCUCUGUUUCUGGGCUGGCUGGGAGCCGACCGCUUCUACCUGGGAUACCCUGCUCUAGGUCUGUUAAAGUUCUGUACGGUCGGUUUCUGUGGAAUCGGCACUCUGAUCGACUUCAUCCUCAUCGCCAUGCAGAUCGUGGGUCCAGCUGACGGAUCUAACUACAUUGUGGAUUAUUACGGCGCCCGGCUGACCCGCCUGUCCAUCACCAACCAGACCUACAGGAAGCCACACCUGUCCCUGUGAACACACCUGGACACGCCCACAAGCACAUACAUGCAGCAACUCUGUCAGUGAGGUAAACACAGAAGAAACACUCCAUACAGCAACAACUAUGAAAGUGAAAUCUGAAUAUUCCUGAAGUCACAUUCAUUAAACCUGGCUGUGAUUGGACGCCUCUAAAGGGUCAGUCCGCUGCUUUCACAUACAAACGGUAAACCUUCACAUUCCUGCUGAUCAUCCAUCACCGUUUAGAUCGUCUCCUGACAGACUUCACUUUAAGUCUCCCGUCACAUCCUGUCAGCGCUACACUUUAUUUAUUUUCAUUUCGUUGUUACAUAUUGUGGCGUUUCGUCUUGAAGUUCUGAUGUUUGUCAUGAAGUUCAGCUUUGUAAAUAAAGUGUUUUUUUGAGUGAA